AGUAGCCAAUAACUGGUCAUUGCAAUCAGUUGAUGUAGGGAUUUUAUUCAUGGAUCCCAGACUUAAAAUGGGCACAAAUCUGUUAUUUUUUCAAUUGGGUAUUGUUCUGCUGAUUGUUUCAGGUUCCUUGGGAGCUCCUAGAUCUGAUCUUGUGAAGAAGUUGCCAGGCCAACCAAAGGAUGUAAGUUUCAACCAGUAUGCUGGAUAUGUCACCAUCAAUGCAGACAAAGCCUUGUUUUAUUAUUUUGUGGAAGCUGAUACUGAUAGACCCACAUCAAGGCCAUUAGCCUUAUGGCUAACAGGAGGGCCUGGAUGUUCAUCACUUGGGUUUGGGGCAUUGGAAGAGCAUGGUCCUUUCAGACCUAAGGGGGAUAUUUUGGUGAAGGAUUUGUAUUCUUGGAAUAAAGAAACAAAUGUAUUGUAUGUGGAGAGCCCAAUUGGAGUGGGAUUCUCAUAUUCAAUUAACACUAAGGACUAUCAGAAUUUUAAUGAUGCUCAAGCUGCCGAAGACAAUCUGGCAUUCAUUUUGAAUUGGUAUAAGAAAUUUCCAGAGUUCAAAGAUGUAGACUUUUACAUAACAGGAGAAAGCUAUGCAGGGCACUAUGUUCCUCAACUAACAGCUCUUGUUUUGGAUUACAACAAAAAUCAUAGGAAGCCUAUCAAUUUGAAAGGAAUAUCACUAGGGAAUCCCUUUGUGGAUAUUGAUAUCAGUAUAAACAAUGGAGAGUUUUUGUGGUCACAUGGCCAAAUUUCAGACAGAACAUACAAAUUUACUCGAAAGGUUUGCAACACCUCUAGACAGUGGUAUGAAAUAUAUGGCAAUGACACUUUAUCGGCUGAUUGUGCAAAAGUAUCAGCAAUGGUGGAUAUGGAAAUGGGAUCGGUAGAUCCUUAUGAUGCUAUUUCAGAUGAUUGUGUAUCAUACAGAAGAAUGCAGUCUAGCACGUUACAAAAUAAAGUUAGCAGGUUUUUUAAAAAAAUUCCACAAAAAGGUGUUGAUCCAUGCAUUGAUGCUGAAGUACAUACAUACCUCAAUAGGAAGGAUGUGCAGAAGGCACUUCAUGCAAACACAAGUGGCAGGUUACCUGGCCCUUGGGAUUCAUGCUAUGGGCCACUGGGUUAUGAUUCUAGAGAUAGAUUAAUCAACAUCAUACCAAUUCUCUCUAACCUUCUUAAGGCUGGUGUACGAGUUAUACUUUAUGGUGGUGAUCAAGAUUCUGUUGUACCCUUUAUGGCAACAAGAACCAUUGCUGAUAGAUUGGCUAAGGAACUACAUCUAAGCACAAUAAUCCCAUAUAGAACUUGGUAUGAUCAUAAGCAGAUAGCAGGAUGGACUCAGGCAUAUGGGCAUGUAAGGAAGAAUGGCAAGAACAAUACUAUUUUGACAUUUGCAACUGUGCGAGGUGCAGCUCAUGAAGUGCCAUAUACUAAUCCAUCUGAAGCAUUGACUCUUUAUAGAUCAUUCAUUAGAGGCCUGCCUCUACCUUUACCUACCAUGUAAAAUGACCUAACCUAUAAAAUAAAUGUCAUGAUUGCAUAUCAAUGGAGAGAUAUUUUUAAAAAUUCAAUUUAAAAAAAAAUAAAAAAAUUAGUUUUAACUA